AACAUCAUUUUGGUGAUGGGUGAAUGAAAACAAUUCUUUCCGUGGGGCAGACAAGAUAAUCAGGGCAAUUGUAUUAUAAAAUAAUAAGAAUUGUAUUUAUUCCGAACUUGAAUCGAACAGUUAACACUUUGGUUUUUAUCUCGAUUCGAUAAAUAAAUCGAUUGACUGGGUUUUUUAUCUGAUUUUUAUCAAAAACUGCAGAUUGUUCGAAGGUUAAUCAUAACCUUAAAAGGACGAAACAUAUUUUUUACGUUAAUUAUAGGAGUAGCUAGAUAUUACAUUUUUAGUCCGGGGGAUUAUCCACGUGGAUUUCUCGUUUUUAUUGAAAUAAUGCCCUCGUCGAAGUCAUUGAGCGUCGCUGUCAUAUGUUCUAGUAACAUGAAUAGGAGUAUGGAGGCACAUGCCUUUUUGAGUAAAAAGGGAUUCAAUGUCCAAUCAUUUGGAACGGGAGACAAAGUGAAACUGCCAGGGAGUGGUCCGGAUAGGCCCAAUGUUUACGAUUUUGGCACUACUUAUGACGAAAUCUAUAAUGAUUUACUAGCCAAAGAUAAACAAUUAUACACACAGAUGGGUUUACUACACAUGUUAGAUCGUAAUCGUCGAAUAAAAUCGAGACCAGAGCGUUUUCAACUCAGCAAAGAUAAAUUUGAUCUCCUGGUGACGUGCGAGGAACGUGUUUACGACCAAGUUAUUGAGUACAUGGAGUCAAGAACGCCUGUGGACAAUCAGCCAGUUCAUCUGAUCAAUAUUGAUAUCCAGGAUAAUCAUGAAGAAGCGACAGUGGGGUCCUUCCUCAUUUGUGAAUUAGUAACGACGUUGGCCAAUUCCGACGAUUUAGAUAACGACAUUGACAGUCUCCUCUACGAAUUCGAAUCGACGAAAUUCCAACGACCCAUGUUGCACACUAUACUCUUCUAUUGAAUAAACCGGAGGAAAUACCGAGAGUAAAAAUCUUUAAUUCAAUUUUGUAGCAUCAGGAAUAUGAAUCAUGAAACGCAGAAGACGAGUGCCAAGCGACGGAUAACUACGAGGAAUAACUAUCCAUUAAUAAUUGUAUAUAGGAAUUUAAUGAGAGUAACAUCGUAAAAAGGGCGGGCGUUCUUCAAUUCGUCUUGACGUGCAGCUGAUAUUCAUUCCCAUCCUAAAUACGAUUACGAAGACAUGAUUACAUAAAGUUUUAUGCGUGCAGAGUGAGGAAUUUCUUCCAGCUUUAUUACAUUUUCUCUAUUUUAUUAUGAUAAUCGUUCACAGAUUUUUUUUCAUAACAAGAAAAUUGGUUCUACCGCAUGAUGUCUGAGGAAAUAUCUUCUCAGAUUAUAAAAUGAGAACAAGAAUUAAAAAAGAAUUAAAGAACGUGUGCCUGAAAUAUGAACAGCAAAAACUAUGUGUAAAUCGAGACUAAACAAAAAACAUACCUUAAUAAAAGGAGAACGAGUUCUAGUUAA